UUUUAAUCAGUGAGUCAUUCUUAUGUUUUCCGGAUGAACUUCUGGUAAUUUUUGUGUCAGUUUACAGACGAGCGCGCGAUGGCCAACUGAGUAAUGAGAUAUAUAGCUUGAUAAAAUGUGUGCGUGGAAAUAUAUAACGCGCGGAAACCUAUGACUAGACGUAUUAUUCAAAAUGCUUGUUGUGCUUCGUGAGCGGCAAGUUUAUGGAUAUUUUUUUUAUUUCGCUGCAGCUGUAUUACUUACAUUAAUAUAAUACAACGAACAGCUGCACUUUUUCCAGAAUCCGGAUUUGUUACAGCUCUGUCUCCGUUUCUAAUAUUAUAUCAGGGGUUAAAGUUCAUAUUUUCGCUGAUAGCCGCGGGUAUUCAACCCAUGAAAUCAUUCAACCGUUAUACCGAUUGUAAGAUAUUAACGAAGAUACAGUGAACGACCUUGAAGGAACAUUCAUGUGAUGGUCAAUUCUACAGAAUGCUGCGGUCAUCUUUGUCCACUCUUGGAUUUCUCAGAUCUGUCAGAAGUUUUUGUGAUUCUUAUGGCAGGAGGUCACUUCAAAAUGGUAUAGUUCAAUUAUCCGAAGAGGUCAAAUCUGCUGUGCAUUAUGGGAAGCCUGUGGUUGCCUUGGAAAGUACUAUCAUCACACAUGGAAUGCCCUACCCUGAAAACCUCAGGACAGCCCAGGAGGUUGAAACCAUUGUACGAGAAAAUGACUCCAUCCCCGCCACCAUUGGUAUUCUGGCUGGAAAGAUUAAAGUAGGUUUGAGUGCUGAAGAACUGGAGUAUUUAGCAACACCAUCCAGAUCUGUUAUUAAAACGUCAAGGCAAGAUCUCCCUAUUGUAAUAUCAGAAGGACGUGAUGGAGGGACGACAGUCUCUGGUACGAUGGUGGCAGCUAACAUGGCCGGGAUCUCUGUGUUUGUCACCGGCGGAAUCGGCGGUGUCCAUAGGGGAGUGGAAGCCACAAUGGACGUGAGUGCUGACCUGACAGAGCUUGGUCGGACACCGGUCACUGUGGUGUCCUCAGGGGUCAAGUCAAUACUGGACAUCGCCAGAACUCUGGAAUUCCUGGAGACACAAGGCGUGUGUGUGGCUAGCUAUGGACCCAGUCGAGAUUUUCCUGCAUUCUUCUCCCCGAGGAGUGGAUUCUUGGCCCCAUAUAAUGUUGAGGACCCGUCCAGGGCAGCAAGAUUGAUUGAUGCUCACCACAGACUUGGCCUGGAGAGUGGUGUCCUUAUAGCAGUCCCUAUACCAGAGGAUCAGGCAGGCCAAGGGAAGCUUCUAGAAGAUGCCAUACAGAUAGCUGUGGCAAAGGCAAGUGAGGCAGGAAUAUCUGGAAAGGAAGUCACUCCAUUUAUACUUCAACAGGUCAAUGAAAUCACAAAAGGAGCCUCCCUGGUUGCUAACAUUGCACUCAUCAGAAACAAUGCCAGGGUGGGUAGUCAGAUAGCCAAACAGUUAUCUAUCUACAGGAAAUCCUCACCAGAUGGCGCAACCAACACAGAAAGUGAUGAUGUCACUACAGUACGACCACAUAUAAAGUCGAGGUCACCAGCUCAGCAGUCUGUCAAAGGCAAGGGCAGAGUGGUUGUGAUUGGAGGAAUCAAUGUAGAUUUUUAUGCAAUGGUGAAUAAAGACACUUUUGCGACUGACGGAGGAACCUACCCUGGUGGUGUGCGGCAGUCCUUUGGAGGUGUGGGGAGAAACCUUGGUGAUUGCCUCAGUCGUCUUGGAGUCAACCCGUUGUUUAUCUCCGCUGUGGGCAAUGACUCACACAAGCCAGCAUUCCAGCACUAUAGUAGUCAUAUGGAUCUGAGCGGUGUUGCGGUCAGGGACGACCAGACCACAGCCACCUACUGUGCUGUGCUGAAGAGGACAGGAGAACUGAUAUUUGGUAUCGGUGAUAUGGACAUCCACCAAACAGUCACAUCUGAGAUGGUGUCAGGAUUUGAGGAAGAGCUUGCCAGUGCUCCCCUUGUGUGUGUUGACGGUAACAUUCCUGCUGAGACCAUCCAACACGUAUGCCAACUGUGUAGCAAGGCUUCUGUCCCAGUUUGGUUUGAACCGACAGACGUACACAAAGCAGGGAAACCUUUUGGUGCUGGAGUAAAGAAACUGCCAACCUACGUGUCACCUAACCUUCAUGAACUUCAACAGAUGUACCAAGCUGUAACGGGUGUAUCGCAUGUACAAUCAGCACAGAUAGACUUGGACAACCUUGAAGCAGUCCUAGAUGAAAGUAUAAGACUGUCUAAACCUGUGAUGGAGAAAGUGCCAGUUCUGAUUGUGACCUUGGGAAAGCACGGCCUGUUGCUGUGUCGAAACUCGGAUAUGAACAGGUUCCCUACUAGGGGAGACAGCAUUAAGGCUGGUGGAAUGACCUUUGUCCACUAUCCUGCGGCCAGUCCAGACAACAUGCCUAAACAGUUAGUCAGUGUGUCAGGGGCCGGAGACUGUCUGACUGCUGGUAUAAUCUCUGGGAUCAUUCAAGGUCAUGACAUUGAGCUCUGCGUGAAGACAGGACUUCUUGCUGCUCAGAUGUCCUUGCAGUCGUUUGAUGCAGUCCCAACGACUGUUAACCCUGAUAGCCUUAUUCUGUCUAAGGUGAUGGCGUGGGCGCCGUGGCAACCAACCAUACAGGAUGUAGGUGUUAAAAUAGAAACAAUGAACUGAAAGCUAGAGCAUAACCAAAAUUAUAGGGAAUGAUGUCUCAAUGGAAAGUAAUGUGGGGAACAGUUUAAAGGAGAAUUAAUCUGAUGCAAGAAUACAGAAUAAUGUCUCAAGGUCAAUAAGACAAAAGGUAAUGUAUACAGUUCUAAUGAACAGUGUAUAUGAGUUGGAGCGUCGAUUAUUUACAGUGGUGUAUGAUGUAAUAUAUGUAUUAUGAAAUGUAGCAAUUUUACCUAACAAAGAACACAAGAGUCUGCUGGUUGACAUUUGUGAUGUGACAUGUUUACAUGUGGGCUGUAGAUAAAAACUAAAAAGACUUUUUUCUGAAUUUAUAAAAAGGUAUAUUCAGCCACUAUACCUGUAUCAGUAUUUUUGUCUCGCCGCCAUGAAGUGGAAGCGAGACUAAGGUGUUGCUUUGCCGGCGACAAUGGCGUCAACAUUAAGUUUUUGUGUUUAAGUUAGUUUCUCUGAAAGUAUAAGUGCUACACCAACCAUACUUGGACCAUAGACGCAUCUUAGAUAGUACAUCUUAACCCAUGCAUCAAAUGCUGGAUGCGACCUACUUUUCAUGGUCCAAUGACUUUGUCAGCAUCUCCAUCAACAUAAAGUUUUUGCAUUUAACUUAGUUUCUCUGAUAUGUCUGGUGGUCAAAGCAGGACUUAUCAAUCUGAAUGGCUUGUUUAUGAAUAUUAUGAAUUUUACUCUCAUACUUGAAUCAAAAUACAAUGCAAAGUAGACAAACGUAGUUUUCCUCUGUAUUUGAAUUGACGGAAACGUGCCUAAUACUUAUGGUGCUGUUCACUUUAAAUAUAAACCCAAUGGGGUACUCCAUUUUGUCACUCAGGGACCAGUUGCUGAAGUCAUUAUUUUUAACCAGUGCCUAAAGUUUACUCCAACCACCACCAUGCAUGUAUUUACAUUUUGUUUUUGUUAGGUUGUAUUAAUUUGAAAUUUAAAGAUGUUGAAUACACAAUACAAAAUAUAUUGUGUGAUAAUCAUUAAUUAAUUGUUUUUAAUUGAAAACGAUUUAAUCAAGAUGCUAAUUAACUGUAUUGAAAAGAAGAAAAUGAUCAUAUUUAUUACCAGUGUUUAAAGUUUAAAGGUACUGAAUAUGAUCAUGUAUGCUUGCUAUUUUUGUAUUCUAAUGAAUCAUGACCUGCAUUUAUGUAAUAUUUACAUGAUACAUGUACUUGUAUGUAGGUUGGAAAUGGAAAGAUUUUAUAUACAUAAUGAUGAUGUUGGGUUGUAUUAAUUUGAAAUCUAAAGGUGUUGAACACACUAGACAAAAUAUAUUGUGUAAUAAUCAUUAAUUUAUUAUUUAUAAUUGAAAUAAAGAUGCUAAUUAACUAUUGAAAAGAAGAAAAUGAUCAUAUUUUUUUAACUAGUGUUUAAAGUUCAAAGGUACUGAAUAUGAUCAUGUAUGCAUGUACAAUCAAAAUAUAAUUACAUGCUAUUUUUGUAUUAUAAUGAACCAUGAACUGCA